CGGGAUCGUCCCCUGAAAAUAGUUUAUUCUCUCCCUUCGACUCCUCUCGCCGACGAUAAUCCAUUAAUCCUUAAUCGUACCUUUCUCAACUAUCGGCAGAGCUCUCGUCUCCUUCACCUGGCACUCUCCCCCGCCGGCAGGGAUUUAGGUGCCGCCGUUAGAAGGACAGAUCGAUGCAGCUGCGGAGAACAGCUUUCCAGCUGGGGAAGGAAUCAAUUUAAAGUCGGCACUAGCAGCAUCUUUCUUCUCGGCAAUUUGCUCACAGAGAAUCUCGGAGCCGGCGAAUUGCAGUAUCUAGCAUAAGCAGGGGAAGCUUGAUGGAGAAAGCGGAAUCUUAUUCUUCGAGCUCGUGUCUUCGUUAGUUCCGCUUUCGUAAGGCAUCCAUUCGAAUUCUUUGCUUAUCGUGAUUUUGGUUUGUUGGUUCUUUUUGUUAGUAUAUAAUAAUCUGUGUGAUGAAAUGCCUGCAACUUUUUUUAAGUUGUGGUUCAGCAGUGAAGAGAAAUUGAGAUUGUGUCUUGUAGAACAGUUUUUGUUUCCUUAAUAUCGCUUCGUAUUAUUAGUGGAAUAGAUUGGCCGAGAAGUAAGCAAUUAUGGCACUAGGAGAGGAUCCAGUUCGACCCUUUACAGUGAUUGAAUACAAGUUGGACUCUGAGUUUUAUCUUCUGCACCCUUGAGGACUCUUUCGGUGGCUUGCCUAGACUUUUACCUGCGAAUGAGAAGUUAAGCGAUUGUAGAAAGAUAUCCAUCAAGUUUUGUUUAAGGUCUCGUUCUGAUCCCUGAGAUGUCGGUUGCAAGCAGCCUGAAGAAGUUGGUUUCAGGGGUGAUUCUCGAUCUGGAUGGCACCCUUCUCAAUACAGACGCCUUGGUAGGCGGGGUUAUGAAAGUUUUCUUGGUGAAGUACGGCAAACAAUGGGAUGGUAGAGAAGUUCAUAAAAUCGUUGGGAAGACACCCAUAGAAGCUUCUGCUGUUGUAGUACAAGAAUAUGGACUUCCUUGCUCAACAGAAGAAUUUAUGAGUGAAAUCACUCCAAUGUUCUCAGACCAAUGGUGCAAGGUCAAAGCUCUUCCAGGUGCCUGUCGAUUGAUCAAACACCUGAGUGAUCAUAAAGUACCCAUGGCCUUGGCUUCAAACUCUCCGAAGGCAAAUGUUGAUGCUAAAAUCAAUUUUCACCAAGGUUGGAAGGAAUCGUUCUCAGUGAUUAUUGGCGGUGAUGAAGUAAGAGCCGGGAAGCCAUCUCCGGAUAUAUUUUUGGAAGCAGCUAACAGGCUAAACAUUGAACCUUCGUGCUGCUUAGUGAUUGAGGAUUCUGUGCCUGGUGUAACUGGUGGCAAGGCUGCUGGAAUGCAAGUAGUUGCUGUACCCUCGAUCCCCAAGCAAGCUGAUCUCUUCACAGCUGCAGACGAUUUGAUAAAUUCUCUACUAGAUUUGCAUCCAGAAAAAUGGGGUCUUCCACCUUUUGAAGAUUGGAUUGAGGGCACUUUGCCAAUAGAACCAUGGCAUAUUGGUGGCCCUGUAAUUAAGGGAUAUGGCCGUGGCUCAAAGGUUCUUGGUAUCCCCACAGCUAAUCUGUCCACGGAAGGAUACUCGGAUCUACUUUCACAAUAUCCCUCGGGGGUGUAUUUUGGGUGGGCUGGAUUGUCAACCAGAGGUAUCUACAAAAUGGCCAUGAGCGUUGGCUGGAACCCAUAUUUCAACAACACUGAGAAGACAAUUGAGCCAUGGUUGCUUCAUGAGUUCAAAGAAGAUUUCUAUGGCGAAGAUUUGCGCCUUGUUAUAGUUGGCUACAUUCGACCAGAGGCUAAUUUCUCGACUCUCGAGAGUUUGAUCGCCAAGAUUCACGAGGACGGGAGGGUUGCAGAGAAAGCACUCGAUCUUCCACUCUACUCGAAGUACAAGGACGACCCAUUCUUGAGAAGCUCUUCAUUGUAGUCAUUCGUGAAGAUGAUUUUACUUGUACAAUGAACUUGUGAAGAUCUUAUUUUAUGAGUUUCUUACUGAUGCAAUGCAUGAAGUAUCUGCAGAACUGCAUUCUAUCAUUAAAUUGUGAACCAGGCUCUAAAGUUAAUUCCGGAAAAGUACGGAAAUUUAUGUUGUAGUAGACCAACCCAUACUUGAAUUGCAUUACUGUCAAAUUUCGAUAUCCGAUUUUUACAAAGCACAUGCUGAUAUUGUUUGAUCACAUCCAAUACGAUUUACGUUGUUGAGUAUAGUUGACAUCAUUUGUAAUAUUAUGCUACAUCAUUUUGGCACGGUGAGCUUUAAU